AUGCCGUUGCUCGCCUUGCGCGCCCCGUUUCGGUCAUGUGAGCCAUUCCUGGGCCUGCAGGUACGCUGUUUUGCCAUGAAGGGCUUGGGAGGAGGAAGGAAUCUGAAGCAGUGGUGCCAAACUCCUGCAUCCACGAUGAAGAUGUUGCAGGAGCUGAAGCUUGCCAACAGGCCUGACUUGAUCUACCAACUUCUUAAGGCUCUUGAAGUAGAAGGCCGGCUUCAGCUGAGCCCAGCCCACCUGACGGUAGGGAUCACCGCCUGUUCUGGGGCGGGAGAAUGGGAGCGGGCUCUAGCCCUUUUUGCUUCCAUGCCCAAGCACAACGUAUCUCGGGAUACUAUCAGCUUCAGCGCUGCUCUCAGCGCCUGCGAGAAAGGCAGGCAGUGGCAAAUGGCCCUAGUUCUGUUCGAGUCGAUGCAGAGGGAGGAGAUAGCCCCCAAUGUCAUUACAUUCAGUGCUGCCAUCAGCGCCUGUGAGAAGGGCAUGCAGUGGCCUCUGGCGCUGCACCUUUUCCAUACCCUUCCCUCAGCAGAAGUCGCCCCCAACAUCAUCAGCUACAGCGCGACCAUAAGCUCCUGUGAGAAGGGCCAACAGUGGCAGUUUGCGGUCAGCCUCUUGCACUCCAUGCCUCGGGCGAAGAUACGGCCAACCGUUAUCAGCUAUAGCGCUGCAAUUAGCUCCUGCGAGAAGGGUGGGCAAUGGGAGCUGGCGAUGAAGCUAUUCCACACCAUGUCAAACAACCACAUACAUCCCGAUGUCAUCGCCUGCAGUGCCGCUAUCCGUGCCUGUGAGAGGGGUGGACAGUGGCCUCUGGCUCUGAAGCUGCUAUCCAUCAUGCCGGCACUUACGAUAAGUCCUAAUGUUGCUAGCCAUUCUGCUGCCAUUACCUGUUGCAAGCAAGGCGCGCAGUGGCAGCUUGCUGUGCACCUUCUGGGGGACAUGCCCAAAGACCACCAGCCUGCACACAUCAUCGGCUACAAUGCCACCAUCGGAGCUUGUGGCAAUGCUGGGAACUGGCAGCUCGCUUUGACCUUGAUUGGGGGGAUGAGCAAGGUCUCACUCCGUCCUAACGCUAUGAGCUAUGGAGCCACGAUCAAUGCCUGCUCGGCAAAUGGGCAAUGGCAAGCAGCUUUGUGCAUGUUCACCGCCAUGCAGCAAGCAGCCGUUGACCCGAACCCGCUGUCUUACAGCAGCACCAUCAUCGCGUGUCAAACCGGGGCACAAUGGCAGCAGGCUGUGCACCUUCUCAACAUGAUGCCGAAUGCCCAGAUCUUGCCGGACAUCACGGACUUCCAGGCCGUUGUCAGCGCCUGCAAUCAAAGCUCGCAGCGUGCAUGGGCACUGGAACUUCUGCGAAAGGAGAGAUCAAGCAGCCAGUUCUUCCAGCGGUAG